GUAUUAUAAAAGUAUAGUAAGAAAUUUGUAUUAAUUAUCAAUUAAAAUAAAUACUAAUAAAACUAUGAAUGAAACAAACGGCAAGUAUCCGUACGAAAAGAUCUUUGGAUCAAAUAACGGACAGCGAUUUAAAGGCAAUAAACUCAACGAUUAUCAUGAGUCUGACCUAAACGAAGACAGCGAAGAUGGCAGAGAUCGGGACACAAGUCUUAUGCUAGAUCUGGAGGAAUCGGAUGAGAUGACAGUCGGCGAGUGCUGUCUUUGGUUUAGACAACGAUAUUUCACGCACGAGAAACUCCGCCGACGUCUGCCAUUCCUCUCGUGGCUCCCGAACUACUCUUUGGCCGAUCUUAAGGGUGACGUUAUCGCCGGCCUAUCGGUCGCCUUCACAAUAGUACCGCAGGGACUGGCGCUGGCGGUGUUGGCCGGUCUGCCCGCACAGUACGGCCUCUACACGUCGUUCAUGGGUUGCUUCGUAUACGCCUUCCUCGGCAGC